ACAGUGGGGUGCAUAAAUAUAGGGACACCACUGCUAUGGUUUCAUUGUUUGCAACCUGUUUUAUCAGAUAAAACAUGGUUGAAAAGCAUCCUUCUUUUCUAAUUGCAAAUUUGUUUGAUACAAUUUUUUUGAGCCACCUAUCCAAAAGCGGUUGUAGCAAAGGAGGCUGAGGAUGCAACAGCACCCUCUCGGCUGUCCCAAUCUGUCAAGUUGAAUCUAGACACUACAGAAGGGGAUCAGUGUUGUUGGUCAGUCCUGCAAAGCCACCUUGUCAUGGCUAUGUUGUCAUGGCCUUCCAGCAAGACAACCCAAGCUUGGAAAGUCAUUGUGGAGAGUCCACAAGAUCUGUGUCAUACCUGACAUACCUGUAUAGUACCAGCAAUGACCUACGGUGACACUGUUCCAGCCAAUGGUGGCUUUUGUUAUGCGUUGGCAAUAAAUUGGGCCCCCAAGUGUCCCUAUAUUUUUGCACCAGGUGGAAGGGGGUGAAAGAAACCCUGUGUUUGUGAUUGAUACUGUCAUUUUUCAUAUUUUUAUGAGUAUGGAAAGCUAAUCAAGGUUAACUGUCACUCGGACAGUUUUGACGAGAGAAGACUUGUGCUUUUGUAAUGCCAAAUCUUGAUAAGCUUCUAGAAUCCAUUCCUGUUCAAAAUGAAAUCUUCCAAAAGCAGGGAGAACCCAUCGCUUCAACUAUGAUGCCUAAAGUCACCCACUAAUAUCGGAGACUCUCAUGAGCACAACAUUAUCGGAGCUGCAACUUCUCACGGAUGUCAGUUAAGACUAUCAGAAAAGUCAACGAGAAAUAAUGAAUAACAUCCACCAAUGUAGCACAACAACACCAUGCAUGACCUCAACAAGAAAUGGCUAACACAAAACUAUGAAGAAACUGUUGUAGUCUAAGAAGGGAAACCUGUGCAAGAUGAUGACAACUCUACCUCUAUCACAGUCUCUCUUUGGUCAGGAAACUAUGGCGCUCUCCCUCCCCGGCAGUGUUCAUGUUGCUGAUGUCUUGGCACGCCUGUUUUUGGAAAGGUGCCUGGCAGUAUUUGAGCGUGUGUCAUGGUGCAUUAGAACCCGCCUCGGGACUUUGUACACCAACUCUUGGGGCAAUGAGGAAAUCUUAGUUGAACAAAAUUAUUCUGUUCACUUAACAUUCCCCCAUUGCCCCAAGGGUGGUAGUUAUCAUGCUGGGAAAUGAGACCAAAUUUUUUUCCACUGUUAUUAUUAAGGUAGACCGGAGUUGUACAACAAUUUUUUUUUUUAAUGAUUUAACCAUGCCCACCAACAGCCAUGGCCUAAAUACACAAAAAAUACUUGCAAACACAAUAAAAUCCUCUGUCAUACACAACGUCACAGCCUGCGCAAAGAAAAAAAAGGAAAAAAGAAACAUAAUGCCUUGCAAACGAGUGAUAGGAGAACUAGCAUUGUACAGGUCUACAUAAAAUAAGUUGAUGUUAACAUUGCCUUGAGUUUGAGGGAAAACACAUAGACUCAUGAACCAGCAACCAAGUUUUAAUACAAAGUGCAAGGGAGACAGGGUAAAAAGAAAGAAGUGUCGCGUCGCUAACUGCACAAGGGAACAUGUGUGAUUGCAAAGAAUGGAAAGGUAUUCCAAAGCAAUAAGGGUGAUUGCAAAAAGGGUGAUAUAACUCAGAAGUGAAUAAGGAACAAAAUGUGUUCCCAUGUCUCUCUCCCAUGGAAUUAGUCAAGAUUAGAGAAGUUAGCCAGGGGGUUCAAGCAUGGAGUCUUCCUCUUUUUACAAUGAUUUUAGCGCUUUCAGCGGGAUGCAGCCCCAACAGUCCCAGUCUGACAUUUUACCAAAAAGCUUAUUUGUAGAUGAAAAUUAAUUGUUGAGAGGCAUGAAAUGUUGAAAAAGUCCCAAUGCUUCUAUGCAAAGACACGCACACAUUGUGACACUGCGACUGUCAGCACGAUGACUUGGUCAGUUGUCAUUUCAGUUCUCCCAAUGCAUGGCUCUAGUGCUUUUUUUUAUAUUGUUUCCUCUGUUGGCAGUUCUAUAUGACAAUGUGCGUUUGGAUUACAUGGUCAAGUGAAGUAACAGUCUGAAAUGAGACACAUAUGCAUGAGCCCCAUCUCAUCACAUGGAUUAUGUUGCUUCAGAUUCCAGUCUCGUAAAAAUGAUGGCUUACAUUGUGCAGUCCUUUUGCAUUUCAUUUUUUAAACACGUAUUUCAUAAAGCAGCGAGGAAUGCCCAGAAAUGUAUAAUCUCUUUUCCCCCCUGAAAUUUCCUAGUCUGCUAUACCUGGAGAUUAGUACCGGAAAGAGCAAAUUAUGCCGUCAAAAUGGCAGGACGCACACCCUCGUCUUUGGGGUGUUGUGGAAUCGCAACCAGUUACACAGCAUGUCUUAGGCAGGCUAGUAUGCAAUUCGGAUUGACAUUCCAGCCAUGCGACGCCUACAGAGUGAGACUGUGGAUGAAAUUGCAUACAUCAGUGAAAUUAUUCACUUUCUCCAAAAGCACUCUGCUAAUUCAUUGCCCCUUAUUCCUGUGUCAUGCUGGCAAGGUAAUUGUGCUUGCUGCGCAAGAAAAUUAUUUGGUGUAUGUGUACUACAAAUGGCAUUAAUGGAGCUCAGAGAAUCUGUGUAUACAGCGGAUGACAUGAUGCAAAAUUCAACAGUAUAGUUAAGUGGCUUAAAAAAAUGUGCAAUAAAAAUGUACGCUAUAUUUUUUAUAUGAUGUGACCCUGUGCAUGUGCCAGAAAUGACGGCACCAAUGGGUGGAGAUGGAACGUUUCCUGGUCUGCACCUCAACACCUACGAGAGAGAAUUUUCUGGAAAUUGAGUGACUUGAAGCAUUUCACCUCCCAGUUUUGGAUAUGAGGCUUGAAAAUAAGCUUGGAGUUGAACAUGAUGCCAAAAAAUUUGUUCUCUGAUUUUACGAGAUGUCUUGCCCAUUAAGUUGGAGCAUAGGUGGUGGAAACACUUGUCUAAUUCUUGAGAAAUACAUUAUCUUGUCAGGUGAGGAUUUAAAGCUGUUAUGUGAAGAGCUAUUUGGCCAUUGUAAAAAUACAACGCUGCAUCUGUUGUUGGGAUAUUGAUAAGUUGGUUGAACAACAAGAUAUUUGGAAAGAAAGAAGCAACCUUCCAUUGCACAAUGACACUAGCUACAGAGGUGAUUUUGAUAAGAAAAAAUGGACAAUGGAUCCCUGCACGAAUGAAAUCCGCGAUGCAUUUAAGAAGACUACCACUUACACAGAAGGAAUGGAGAUCCUAGAGGAUACCAUAUUGCCACACAGUGUCAUAGAAAACUGCAGUGUUGCCUCCUGACAGAAGCUUCAUGAAUACCGUAGUUGUUUCUAAAUGUUCAAAAACUGCACUGGCAUUCAGAUAAGCACUUUCAAGUUUUUCAAGAACAUGGCCAGUUAGUCAUAAUUCUGCGAAAGGUUUUACUUAUGCAGCUUGUGAGAGCUAUGGGUCGAUAAGUAGCAGGAUCUGAGGAUGCCUUUCUGGGUUUCAAGAGGGGGAUUACGGUGGCAAUUUUCCAUGCAGACUGCCCUGUUCCCAAACAUGGUUGACACAUCGGAUAGGUGAUCAAGCAUGGAGUACAUAACCUGUUGAUGGCCGUUGCUUUGGCAGACAGUAGGGAGCAUGAAAUUUAUGGUGAAUGGCUGAUUACACUGCAAUUUUCUUAGCCCUUUGUUUAGUUUUAAGGAAUUCCCUACUAUAAUGAAACGAGUUAGAAAUGCCUUGGCAGUGUUGCCUGAGGGCUUUAGCCUGUUGUUCUAGGCAUUCACACACCUGAUUUUGUGGAGUUUGCGCAUCCACCUGGCCUUUUUAAAGAGCAAAAGAUUUUGUGUACCUUUGAAAUGUAUCCUACACACAGUUUUGAAGCUUAUCAGUUUCCUUGUACUCGCUUGUCCACCAGGAUUUUGGCUCUCUGGGGAGGUGAUUAGGUUAUUGGCUUCUUCAGUCGUCGCCCUGUCUGAAAACUCAUCCCAGUCAGCACCCUGUAGUUUCCAUCUUGGUGUUUUGAAACAACAGGAAAAUGGUGACUUCCAUGAGGAUUGUCCUCUACAGUCAGUUCCAAAUCUUGCAAGAGAAAUGGACUGCAAAGAAUAGGUCUAUAGUGGAGAAAGAUUGUGUGUACAUAUGUUGAGAAUAUCACUUUGGCACUGCCCUGAAAAGGAUAAUGCAACGAGAUGGGAUUUUUUUGUGUGUUACAUGUGCUAGUGGUAGGUAAACUGAGCAACAGUCUCCAAAUCUGCAACUAGGUCAAGUUAUUUAGCUGCAAGAGAUCCUCCACCUUGCUAGACCCCUACGGAAAACUGUGUGUGUGCUUAGAUAAGUUUCCCGUUCCAUUGGAGGCUCAUAAUGGCGGCCGUACUAAUUAGAAAAAAGAUUUGGGGGAGUAAUUAGCUCUGUAUAACAAAUGGCAGUCGACGAACCACUUAGAGACAUGUUUUUUUCAGUGUGAUUGCGAGUAGUUCCGUUUCCAUGAAUGCAACAAAAUCAUAUUGUAUGGACUCAUCUCAACAAAUCCGACAAAUCUAUUGGUCGGGAUAACUGGAUACAAUGCACUUUUGUUGCAUUCACAUAACCGCAGCUAGUGCUGUCUUCCUCUCUGACUACCUUUUUCUCUGGCCAUGACUUAAGUAGAUAAUCCUUCAACUUCCCUGAGAACUGGGUCCCAUUGCGACUUGUGCUGUAACUGCUCCUUAGUCAUAUAACUUGACACCAACGACACCACUUCCUCCUGGAAUUGCACGUGUUCUAUUGAUGGCAAAGGUAAUCCGCAAAGUGCAUCCGCUACGACGUUCUCGGAGCCCCUUUUGUAUUCCACUGUGAAACUGUACGCCAGCAGACGUCCAUCGGACAAUCCGUCCAGGCAGUCUAGCAGAACUCCGGUGCGAUAGUAGUGGCACCAACGGUUGAUGAUCUGUUCUCAAGGUAAAAUGCCUCCCCUACAGAUAUAUGGGCCAUCUCUUGCAGCUCCACACUAGCGCUUCCCGUUCCCCAGCGGACUACUUCUCCUCUGCUGUUGAGAGCGACCUUAAGGCGAAGGCGACAGUCCUUAGUCCAUCUUUCUCUGACACAUCUGUCGUAACCAUCUGGUGGUUCGGAGCUGGUGCUUAAGCUGUUGAAAUGCAUUCUCUGCUUCGUCGUUCCAGCCGAAUGGAUGUCCUUGUUGAAGAAGCUCAAUCACAUGCGCAAACCAUGGUACGAAUCGAGAAUAGUACCCGGAAAGAUCCAAAAAGGAUAACGAGAGGAUAGAGAGGUAGCAAGCGAACUGGUGGUAUAGAUCCAUAACUUAAAAACCCAAGACUAGGGGGCAAAAAGGAUCGCAGAGUCUUCGCAUCCUCAGGGCGUUGAGAAUGGAGUCAAUCUUGGACAGCAGUGGCGUGAUCCCUUCGGCUGUAAUCCGAUGUCGUCGAAGCAGCACUUCCUAUUCAACGUUAGUCCCGCAUCAGACACCCUCUUUAGUACUGCUCGUAAGACAACGAUGUCGUCGAGAUACACAAGGACCACUUUGUAUCCGUUGUGUAGGUUGGCCAUCAGCUUCUGGAAUACCGAUGGUGCAGAAGCUAACCCGAAACACACUGGCUUGAAACGGAAGAGUCCUGCGUGCGUAAUGAAGGUUGUGAGGCUUGGACUUUUGAGGGCUCAACUCCACUUGAUGGAUGUCACAUCGAGUGAGGGCGUCAAGAGGUUGCUGCAAAAACAACAGGAUAUACAGCUCGGACGGCAAAUGAAACAGGAUGCUGAGGAGGAUGUCAAGAACAAGUCAAUGGCUGACACAAGGGCUCCUUUGUCGACGGCCAAGGAACCUCCUCAGAAGAGGAUGAAAGGAAAUGAUAGCAACAAUCCACUAGGCAACUACCGUCGCUUGGAGAACUCAGCAACGGGCUGGGCCCAGUACAAGGCAGCUCGUCCAGAUGAGUUUAAGAGCCCCUUGCGAAGAGACCAACACUUGCAACUCGUUCCUCCGUCUGUUUGUGCUCUUCCAAAUGGUGGCUUCCAAGGUGGGAUGCAGCCAACAAUGGACCGCUUUGGCCGCCCCUUCUUUCGUCGACUCAUGUCGGACCCAAGGUUCCGUGGUCACAUGAUGAUGGGACCCGGGGAACGUCAACAAUUGGAACAGAUGCUUGCUAAUCCAGAGUUCUUCUUAGAGCAGACUGAACAGCAACUGCGCUCGGGUCGCCUCGACCCAGAACAACAUCGUCGGAUCAAGGCAGACCUGGAGAAACUGUCUCAGUUCCGACGCGCUCAGCCUUGCAGUACGAGGGGUGACUGGGGACCUUUGGGUGGUGAGAGAUGGAGUAAUUUUUCAAACUGGAAUCCACCUCUUUUGGGCAUGCAGGAAGGCUUUCCACAUGUGGCACCACCUCCUCCUCGGCCCAAUUUCAGGACUGGUAAUCCAUUUUCAGAAAAUGCACCAGGUCUGGAUAGGAGAGCACGAGAUGGAAUAUUGUGGGAUGGUCACGUUGGACCCUGGCCGCAGAGACAGGAAUCUGCUGGCUGGGUUAGAUACGGUGGAGAGGAGAGGCCAGCCAAUUGGUUUGGAGCACCUCCGCAGCAACAAGCACCUCAGGAUGCUGGCACUAGGUGGCAGCUUCCACCUAAUAGGUGGAACAGCUUUGGGAAUGGUCGUGGUUUGAGGGGCUGUCAGCAAAAUUUUUCCAAAGAGUACCCAUCUUGUUUCACAGAGGACUUUAGGCAGCACAUGGGAGUUUUGUGGCCACAAUUAGAUAUUCCACCACCUCCUCCGGGUAUGUUGAUACUUCCAAGAGGGCCACCUCCCACAGUGUCUCCAAGUAAUGCUUUAUCAGUGUGUGGAGCUCCCACUGUACUGGAGGUGAACGUAGAACAACUCUUUGCCAAGCUGGUGGCUGUGGGCAUUCUCAAAGCAAAUUCCAAGAAAGAAGAGAGUCUGCAAGAAUGUGCUAUGAAAGAGGAGCUUGAAAAUAUUCCACCACUGACCUUCCAGGACGUCACCAUGCUCAAAACCAAACAUCCUGGUGUGAUUAGCUCCCUGUACAUUGGAGCACAGUGUGCCUCGUGUGGGCUACGCUUUACAAAUGACAAGUCAAAAAAGUAUAGCCAACACCUGGACUGGCACUUCCGUACCAACCGCAGAUGCAAGGAUGGCAUUCGAAAGGCCUUCUCUCGCAAGUGGUUUUACGAAGUGGAGGAUUGGAUUCAGUUUGAGGAAAUUGAAGACCUGGAGGAAAGAGCUCGGAGCUUCUUUGAGCAGCAGGCCAGCAUCGUGCAAGACCUGAAUUCUCCAGACAUGGUAGAGAGUGUGCCUGCCAUGGGAGAUGGCACAAGCUGUGCAGUGUGCAAUGAAGCAUUCCAACUCUUCUGGGUGGAGGAAGAGGAAGAAUGGCAUUUCCGUGAUGCCAUGCGUGCCAAAGACAAGAUUUACCACCCGGCCUGCUAUGAAGACUUCAAACGGAGACUGGACAAGGAAAUGGACGGUAAAGAGUUGAGGGAACACGAAGGCAUGGGGCAACCCAGGAAGGCGGACGACGAACGCACCACAGGCCGCCGCGAACGCCAUUGCCCAAUGCAGAGGGACCAGCAGAUAAAUGAGCAGACAAUGCUUACUUCCGGCCACAUGCCUCCACGCAGGAGGAGGGCCUACGGCGUCAUCAAUGAAAAACUACAGAUGCUACAACUUCAAAAUGGCGAACGGAACAUCAUGUCAUACCUCAAUACAGUGGGACAUCUAAUGCAUAUUGAAUAGAGCUGCAAAUCUGAAGAAAAAAAAAGUGAGGUGCUGAAAAGAGAGCUGCCUUUUUCAUUUUUAGAAAAAAUUUGAAUGAAAACGAUAUUUUCACUCUUGCACGGGUUACAUUUGUGAGCGAACAAAUUAGGGAACAAAUCAACCCCACCCUCCUGUGUCCCACAGGGUUCCGUCCUUGGCCCACUAUUAUUCCUCAUCUAUAUUAACGACCUGCCAGGUAGACUCUCAUCCUGUGUCAGGCGUUUUGCCGACGACUGUGUUGUCUAUCGUUUCGUAACAUCCUCUUCUGACCAAUUAUGCCUUCAGCAAGACCUAAGUUCAAUUUUCUCAUGGUGCUCCACAUGGCUUCUUUCUCUCAAUUCUUCUAAAUGUUCCUAUGUUCAGUUCUCUCGCUCCAGGUCACCGCUCCCUUACCAGUACCACGUUGGCCAUUCUCCUACACCACAGUCGUCUUCGUAUAAAUACUUAGGACUCAAUCUCUCCUGGUCGGAUCACAUCCGUAGUGUUGUGCGUGAUGCCAAUCAGAAACUCGGCUACAUACGCCGUAACCUUCGUUGCGCACCCUCCAAUGUCAGGCGCUUGGCCUACCUAACACUAGUUAGGCCCAGGCUUGAAUAUGCGUCAAGCGUCUGGGAUCCGCACCAUGCUAACCUCAUCUGCCUUCUUGAGUCCGUUCAAAACCGCGCCACUCGUUUCAUCCUUUCAGACUAUUCCUAUCCUUCUAGCAUCUCUGGACCUUCCGCCUCUCGUAACUCGCACAAGUUUCUUCCGUCUUUCCCUUUUUCACAAAUUUUAUUCCAGCCCAUCUAUACAACCAUCUUUCAUCACAGCUGCACCUUACAUCUCAGGCCGAUUAGACCACCCAUGUAAGGUUGAACCAAUCACUUGUCACACUUCCCACUUUUUGUAUUCUUUUUUUCCACAUACGAUUACCGAUUGGAAUGACCUUCCUCAGUCCUUAGUCACCUCGCCUAACCAUCAAACUUUCCGUAGAAACUUGGCAUCAUAUCUACACAUUUAGUGAGAAAGCAUUAUUUCAUCUCUUGUAUGUGUGUGAAUUUUGUUAUUACCUUAACUAUUUUGUGCAGUGUAUGUGCUGUUUCAUGUACUGAUGUUGCAUAUAUUGUACGUAUCCCCCUCAUGUAUCGCCCUAAGGGCUCUUUGAGGUAUUUACAUAAAUAAAUAAAUCCUGGUGAA